GCAUGAAAUGCUGUAACCAGUCAAUGAAUGUUGGUCACACAGUUCUGUCCUCUAAAUUUGGGGCACUAACCUAAUCCACUGGAUAAGACUGGGAACAAGCUUCAGUCUUCUCAAAUCGCUUCCCUUCUCUACAAAUAAUUCCAAACAAAAGCUCAUGGAUGGAAGGAUUGAAGGUUGGUAUGAAGGUUAUUGGGGAAAGAGGAUAUGGAACAACACAAACACAGUUAUAAUUUUUACUGUAGGGAAGAAAUGAAGGAUCCUGUGGUGACUGGCAAAGUGCAGAGGUGAAUAACCCUUUCUUAAUGAUCACUUUAAGUUUGUAGGAACGGUAGAGUUUAGAGGUCAUUUUCAUAGACAUGGGCCAUAAGCCCAUCACUGCAUCCCUUUUCAGGGCCUGCCAUAGAGGGAUGCACAGCACAGGGAGCAGCGCACGAUUUAGAAGCCAAGACUUUAUCUGUUAAUCCCCAUUAUACUUGUUUUAGGCUCAUUUCUCUGUGCUGGGGAACCAUGGAAGUGCCAGGGAUCGAACCCACGUUUUCCAUUGGACUAUCAAGGGCCCCUCGAGUGCUCAUUUCUUUCCCUCUCUCUCUUUAUUCAUCUUGUCACUUAUUCUCAUCUGGCUUAAAAUUGUUGGCAUUAAAGAAUGAAGACAAACUGAAAGAAGGGAAAAUAAGAGGGAUUAAAGCUAUUUGAGGGAAGAUGUGUAGGAGAGGUUUGGGACUGAAGUUAGUAAUAGAAUUUGCUGACUACCUCACAGGCAGAAAUCCAUGGGGAAGAACACUGGGAACGAUAUAGUAAUAGUUACUUUUGGAGGAGGCAGCCACAUCCGAUGGUGCUCAAGGAUUUCUUUUGGCUCUGUGCUCAAGGGUUUAUAUGUGUGUCAGGGAUUGAAUCCAGGCUGGCUGUGUGCGAAAGAGGCAGAUUAUCCUUCACUAUCUCUCCACCCCCUAGCUACCAUGUCUUCAGUGUCAAUUGUCUGCUGUUGAUCUGAUAUGCAGUUUUCCUUCUAUUCCUGGCAAUCAUCUUCCAAGGCAGGUGCUUAAUGCAUGGCCACAGUCCUUUGAAGAGCUAAACAACGACAAACUAAAAAACACUUGUCAAAUGUAAGAACUGGCUAGGCUCUAGGCAUUCAGUGCCAGGCAGGGCUGGAGGACCUCUGCAGAAAGCCAGUGGGAUGGGUUCCUGAGAACUAGGAUUCGUGAAAUCAAGGCAUUAUUUCUAUUACCUGUGAGAGGAAAAUGACCAAACAAACGGUAAGGGCCAACUUAAAGGGCCCAGGGAAUAACAGUUGAGCUCAGAAUGCAGAGUUCUGCUGGCAGAGAGCUGCCCCGGAAAGAGACUCCCAGAAGAGGCUGCUUCGAACUGGCAAAGUGCUUCGUCAGCGACUUGCUUUCCGCCUUGCCCUCACUGAUGCAGGGCUUUUGGGAGCGAGUCAGGAGCCUGCGGGAUUCGGAAGCAGUCUCAGCUCCCGGGCUGAUAGUCUUACACAGGUCGAGGAACGUGAUGGGACACCGCGGACGGGUGGGACACCGCGGAUGGGCACGGUCCCAGACCUAUCUUCAGUGCAAACACACAUGUUCUGCUUGUCGCAUCGCUUCUACUUACGCCCACCCUCCCGCUCUUUUCCUUCCGGAGGUUUUAGAAAAAGUCACCAACCCAUGUGUUUGCAGCCAAGAGGUCCCGGAGCUCCCCUGGGUGAAGACCCAGCGCUGCGUGCUGCCCGCGUGAUUACUGCAUGCUCCUCGAUGGGUUAGAACAAGUGACUUUUCCUCUCCGACUUCUGCUCUGCGCCUGAGCAAUUGCGGUGGCGGCUGGAGGGGCUGCUGCAAAGCCACCCUGCAGGGCUCCUGCGCUUCACCUACGCGCAGGCGAGACGCACGGGGGCAGCUCUCCGGACGCCCAAUGGCCCGGGACUGCGGCAAAGGGGCGUGGAAAGGGGCGAGGGCACGGCCGCCGCGCCCCUCUCUCCCUGCGGGAUGCAGCCCGAGCGAGCCCCCGAGCCCCCCGGGGCGCUCCGGGUCUCCCACACCGCCCGCGCCCCAGAAAUCUGCACGUUCAUCACCUUGCGGAGAAACCCGCCCGCCAGCCCCAGUUUUCACCUCCGGGUUUUAGCUGCCGACUCCUACGGGACUGCUCCCCGUGCAAACAAAAAACAGACCCAAACGUCUGGCUCGCGUCCCCGCCGCAGGGCUCCUCUCGGUCGCCCACCGCUGUCGCCCGCGCGUCUGGCCGUGCGGGCGGUGCUCAAGUCUCGGAUUCGUGCUGAUGUCUGCAGAGUCGGUUAGAGUAAAAACAGCGCAUGCCUUCCUGGAGUCAGGAUCCGUAAAUUCUGACGUAGCCCGUGCAUCUUAAAAAUCCCUAUAAUAACGCCUAGGCAUUUAAGUCGUUAUGGUCAUUCAGAUCGCAAACCAAAUGGAGCAACUACGGAUUUUGUCCCUUAUGAUGGCCGGAUGGGAUGAAGACCUUCUUGCCUGCUAAGAGCUGGGGAUCUAUCUAUAGAUACAUAGAUAUGUUUAUCAGUAUGUCAGUGUGUGAGUAUAAAGUGGUGGUUUCUUAGACUAUCAGUGGUUUGACCUUGAACCUGUGCCAGUGAAACAGCAGCUUACUUUUAUUUACGCAUUUAAUGGAUUGAAGAAAAGAACCUUUUUUUCCCUCCCCCCCCACCCUUCUCUCUGCAACGGCAGCCUGCGAGGGGAGUUGGAUAUACCUCGCCUAAUAUCUCCUGGGCUGACACCAUCAUUAUUGUUUAUUCCUGCGCUCCGAAAGCCGAGUCCUCUUGAUGGCUCCCCUAGGCGAAGUUGGGAACUAUUUCGGCGUGCAGGAUGCGGUUCCGUUUGGGAAUGUGCCCGUGCUCCCGGUGGAGAGCCCCGUUUUGCUAAGCGACCACCUGGGUCAGUCCGAAGCCGGGGGGCUCCCCCGGGGACCCGCAGUCACGGACCUGGAUCAUUUAAAGGGGAUUCUCAGGCGAAGGCAGCUCUACUGCAGGACUGGAUUCCACUUAGAGAUCUUCCCCAACGGCACUAUCCAGGGAACCAGAAAAGACCACAGCAGAUUCGGCAUUCUGGAGUUUAUCAGCAUAGCAGUGGGCCUGGUCAGCAUUCGAGGCGUGGACAGCGGCCUUUACCUCGGAAUGAAUGAGAAAGGGGAGCUGUAUGGAUCAGAAAAACUAACCCAGGAGUGUGUCUUCAGAGAACAGUUUGAAGAGAAUUGGUAUAACACAUACUCAUCAAAUCUGUACAAACACGUGGACACUGGAAGGCGCUAUUAUGUGGCAUUGAAUAAGGACGGGACCCCAAGAGAAGGAACGAGGACUAAACGGCACCAGAAAUUCACACAUUUUUUACCUAGACCAGUGGACCCCGACAAAGUCCCUGAACUCUAUAAGGAUAUUCUAAGCCAAAGUUGACAAAGACAAUUUCUUCACUUGAGCCCUUAAAAAAGUAACCACUAUAAAGGUUUCAUGCGGUGGGUUCUCAUUGAUUAGCUGUGCCAUCACAUCAGCGCCACUGUUGCCAAACUUUGUCGCAUGCAUAAUGUCCGAUGGAGGCCUGAAUGGGAUCAUGCUGAUUUUGUGCUGCACUUAAAGGCUUGUCCUCCUGGAGGAUUGCCCAGGCUCACUUGCUUAAUUUCCGUUGAGAAGAGGGGAGGAGAUUGAAAGCUGUGUGAGUGUGUGAGUGAAUGGGGAGUAGGCAAGAGGGAAGCAGAAACAGAGAGGACAACGUCCUGAUGCAUGCUGGGAACUAGACACACUUUUCUAUGUUUUGAUCAGUUGUACUUCAUCCUAUACAGCACAGCUGCCAUAUUUUGACUCAUCAGGAUUUGGGCUGGUGGCCUGCCCAGGGGUACGCUGCCUUUUCAAAGGCAUGGAGGGUGCAAGUCUUACUUAAAAGACUUUUUAGUUAAUUCUCACUGGAAUCAUCCCAGUGAAUUUAAAGCAAAGACCUCUUAGUAAAAAUAAAAAAGUUAAAUUUAUUUAUAGAAAUUCCAAAGGCAACAUUUUAUUUAUUUUAUAUAUUUAUUUAUUAUAUAGAGUUUAUUUUUAAUGAAAUAUGUACAGGCCAGAUAGGCAUUUUGGAAGCUUUAGGCUCUGUAAGCAUUAAAUGGCAAAGUCCGCUACGAAUCUGUGGUAAAUUCAUGCAAGUAAAUAUAAUGGUGCAUGGAUAAAAGAAACUCUAAUGACCCUAAUGUACUAAAGGCGACAAUCUUUUUUGUGCCCGUAUUAUUGUAAACAUAUGCACAUCUUUCAUGACACUGAGUAUUCACUCUUCAGACUGCUUGUUCCAUAGCUUAUCCCAGAGGAUUAAAGAUAAACUGGGUCUCAAACCUUUAUUCUGUGUCUUUAAUAUUUCCUCUCUCAUAGUGACUUGCUCCAUCAUUGUAACUUCACAGUUGAAAAGCGUUAGGGUUGGUAUAUGUACUAUUUGUUUAAAUCUAUUGCAGAAUAUACCAAAGCUAAAUAAUGACUAUGCUUUCAUUUUAGUGGAUCCUCUAUAACCCCAGGAGUAACUUCAAACAUUGUACUGAUUUAGAAUUCUCAAAAAAGUGGGGAGGAAGCUUAUAGAAGCACAGAUUCUUUUCAAGGAACAGGAAUCAGAUUCAAGGAAUUAUUCUUGUAAACUUAUUUGUGCACUCGGCUAUCAAAUGUGAAAUUAUACAGGUACCAUGGGGUCAUUGUAACAUCUUUUAUAGAAGGUUGCUUUUGGUGCAAACUGUCAUAAUACCUGCUAAUAGCACCCAUCAAGUAAAACUUGCAAAUGAAACAAAUAAAUUUUCAUCAACAAUGACGAAAAGAGGGGGAAAGCAUAAUAUCUGUUGACUGUGUUUUGUUUUUAAAAUUGGUCUACACAAGCACUCAAUUUUUUAAAGGGAGAGGUUACUAUAUAGAAUAUCUUUUACAAGGCUUUUUAUAAUAUUUUAUGCUGAAAAUCAGAAUACAUAUUUCUUUCAAAGCAAUAAUUUUGGAACUUGCCUUGGAGCAAGGGAAUCUAUUUCUUACUAUCUACUAAGGAGAAAAGAGCCAAAUUCUUAAAGCAAUAUUUAAAAAAAAAAGAAUUUAUAACAAUUUUCAUACCACAUAGAACACUUUCUUGCCAGUUAUGUGGGGAAAUUGGAAGUGACAGUGGAAAAUGUGUUGGAAUUUAUGUAACUAAUUAAAAAGUUUAAUAUUCUAACUUUGUUUUGCUCUGAUGCACAUUUUCUAUGGAAAAUAAAACGAUGUCACUGGUGAGUGAAAGCUGUUUUGAAGUGGAAGUGCAUGACUUACUGCCAUGGGCACAUGUGUGCCCCUGGAGUGUUUAGCAGAAUUCUCCUGUGAUGUGCAUUAAGGAAAAAUGAAGUCUAGCAUUGGAAUUGAAAGAUACUGUUGGGGGCGGGGGCAGGGAUGGGACAGAAGCAAUGUAAAAUAGUUGAUUUAUGAUAAAGGUCAGGAUAUUGGCUUCAUUUGUUUUCUUGCUUUUUUUUGUUUGUUUUUACUUUCUAAACAGAAACUGAAUUUAAUUCUAAGAUGUAUUCUUAUUUAUUAUUUAACCCUUUGCUGCUGCUAAAAUGUGCACAUAUUCAGGCUUCUGUUUUUCCAAAAGGCAUUUAAUAUUUUUCGGCAGGAAAAUAUUAAGCACCCGACCACAGGAUAGAGUCCAUUUUCUAGGACAUCAUUGACUCAAUAUUUAGCACUGAAGAAAUUGCUUUUCGGAGAUUACCAAAAGUAAUCUUAAAGUAGCAUGUUAUACUUUGAGGAUUAGCCUAUAAAAGGAAAAAACCAGUUAGUGUAAUAAUUUUAUCUCUCUAUGCAUUCCUAGAAAAUGCUACUUUAAUGUAUACUUUUGGAGAUAUUUUGUUUGGGUAUUUUUUUAAAAUUAAAAACAAAAUGUUAUAUGCUUUUGGCAAUUGAUACAAUAAACUGUAAUGAUUUGUAAAUAAAUAAACAUUGACUCAUGCAACUGAUGUAAAUAAGUGUUCUGGGAGAGUAGGCAGCUCAGGGUUUCCAUAUGUGUAUUGUCCUGUUGGGCAAUAGAGCAAAUCAUUCCCUGCUUAUGGGUUUGCAUUCAGUUCUUGUCCUAAGAGACCCAAAAUCCAUUUGAGACAACUCCAACCACUGUGGAAUGGAUGGGUCCAGUUCUCACAAAUAGAUAUUCAGGCAACCAAGCCACUCUCUUACUAGUAGUGCCAACUCUUGCACUUGGUCAAAGACUUCACACACACGGAGUGAACCACCUUCCUGUCAUUCAUGUGAAUGUCCCCAGGCAGUGUUGAAGGACAUGCCAGGUCAGUGUUGGGGACCAUGUCCCUGCCAGCAUUGUAGAUAAAGGAAUGGCUUCAGUUUAUGGUGUUUUCAUUCUAUUUCAUCUCAUUAACACUAGAACCUUGUAUUAUUUACUUGAUAAUCUGUAAUUGUAUGUAAAUACAUACAAGAUUAUGUAAUUUAUGUAAAUAUAUAAUUAUAGACUUUUGAAAACUGGUAUUUUUUACUUGAUGUCCAUUUUGGAGCUGCUUCAGAUUAUGUGCCUACACGAACUAAUGGAAUUUUGAAAACAUGCUUUCUUUGUCUACAGCUGUUGCGUGUGUGUUGAGGGGAUUGGGUGCAGUGUGGGGUUGGAAGGGGAGAAACAAAUGCAUCCAGAUGUCUUUUCUGUAGGCAAUAGUUAAAGAAGCUCCUAAUCUUCUGGGAUAAAGAUUUAUGAAUCUGAAGCAAACAAAACAUGAUGUUUUGUGCAUAUUUACUUGACUGAGUGAAUGCACACAGGCUUAUUGUUUGAGACCAAAUUCUGUGUGCUGUAUAAUUUGACCUUGAAAUGUGCUAAGUUUGGACCUACUGUUUGUGGUCAUUUGCACAUGAAAAAAGUCAACAAUAAAAUGGUGAGGAUGGACUAAAAUGACAGAUGGAUUGGAAAGAUGGUCAAGAUACCAAACUCAUCACAAGUGUGUGCGUGCAUUUUACAUGCAUUUUAAUACUCAUGUAGAUCCACGGAUAUUUCACACUUUUAGAAUUGAUAUUUUGUUGUUAGAUGUGGGAGACACUGUCUACCUCCUUCACUUAUAACACCAAAUUCUGGUGUUCAGGGUUGUGGAAGGAAUUCUAGGCACAACAGGAUUGGUUGAAAAGGUGUGGCCAGUGAUUAGGUUUUCAACUGCUGGUUUGUGGACUGGUGCUGGUUUGCAGAAAUUUCCUUUUGGUCAAUGAAAAAGUUAUUCCUAAAACUGUAGUUUCAACCACUGGCCUCGCCUUGGUAUAAGAACAUUGAAAAUCACUGUUUUAGUGUCUGAUUUCUCCUUUUUAAUUGUAGUAUGCCUCGGUGCUGUCUGGGCUUCCUUCAACCCCACCUGAUUACUCUGUCUGCGUCUUUUAUUUUUUUACUUUAUUUGAACACAUGGUUUACAAAGUCGUCCAUAAUACAGUUGUUAUGGGCAGAGUUUCAACACUAAUCCCACCACCUGAGUGACAGUCCCUUUACCAUGUCCACAUUUCCCUAGCCACCUUCCAUGUCUAUCCUUUUAGCAGGCACAAAAUAAUUUCUUUUAUAUUGCUUGUUACAACUAAAUGGCUAAUGGAAUUAUAAAAAAUACAGUAAAAUAAAAUCUGAAAAAUUGUUAUGUCUUACCAUGGGUAAUUAAGUCCUUGUGUGAGAGUAUAUGGAGCUGUUUAUUGUUAGGUGAACCUCAUGUUUUAUUGUUUUUGUUUAUUGAGUUUAGUUAGUUUCUAUGUUAUAUUCCCUUCUAAUUUGGUGUGCUCCUACUGGGAAGUCAGUAUUGUGGAAUUUGGAGGUGUUGUUUCAGAAACUGUAGGUUCUGUUGAACUGAGCAGAUGAGUUUACCCGAUGGAAGAUGUGUGAUGUAGGUGUGGCUGCUGAGACUUCUGGAAGUACAGGGGAUGAAGGGAGGUUGCCUGUACCCACUCCUAGAAGACCCCAGAGCUCCCAGUCUGAAAACUGGUGUACCUGAAAUUUUAUCUCUGCAGAGAUUAGUCGAGAAACAGUAGAGUUGGGUUGAUGGCAUGGUGGCAGCUUAGGGGUGUGGGUAGCAUCUGCUGGGGCUUUGGCAGGGUUAGAGGCUUGACACACUGCCCUCCUAAUCUGCCCAGGUCUUUUUAGAACACUUUUUGAUGUCAUUUUUUUUUUUUUCACCAAGGUGGUAUAUGUGAAAGCUAGCUAUCAUCUACUGUAUAAUAUUCUUUUGGAAAAAAGUAAAGCAAUUAUUUUGAACACAUGCUUUUUCUUUUGCUUCUAUUCCUGCUUAGUCUUCAGCUGGUGAUCUACCUGGCUUAGAAGGUUGUAUGGCUAUUGUGAUGACCAGCAGGGAGAUUUUUGGGUUUUACUACUUUGGUUAAUAGUAAGAAAAUGUUAGAAUUCCCAUGAUUCUUCAAUCACAUUGAAACCUGUGUCUUGUAAAAUAUUUCAAAACUUAAUUUUAAUUAAAGAAAAUCUGUAAAAUUUCAAUUAAAGAAGAUACAUAUGA